AUGCGUCUUCUCGUGGUCCUCGUUGUCUUUGGGUUGCUUAUCACCACUUGCCAAAGUUUGGAUUACUCUUUAACCAAAUUCUCUAUAGCCAUUCAUUGCCCGAGCGGAGAACUUGGAUUAUGGAAUGCGAAACUUUCGAUAUUUCAUCACAGUAAAACCGAAUAUCUUGCAACAUCUGGAGGAAUGACUUCGGACAAGUUCCAACUCAUAGAAAUUGAAGGAUAUUCCUACAAUUUCAAUGAACGAGCAUUUAUGUUGCUUGAGGUUGAUUCAAGGUGUAAGAUAAAGACCUCUAUUUUACCUGGGAAUGAGUAUGAAAUGCCUAUUCCAAAAGAUAAUGGACACCACUAUGCUUUCCGAGUCUACAAUAUGGAGAAUGCAGAGGAUUUAACUGAUAGCGAGGCCUACGAAUAUCUGUUUAUGAAGUAUCUGGAAAAGGACUGUGCAAUGAACGAAUGUAAAGGGAGCACACGUGAAUACGUAGCCAAAGGUUGUGACAUUUUUAAAAAUGAAACUUCGCAAUGUAUAAAAGGAUAUGAUGAUACGCUACCGAAAUAUUGUCAGAAGGAAGGAUCACCGGUUGGAGCCAUUAUCGUCCUUGCUCUAGUCAUCGGCGUUUUCUUCUACUGUAGAAAAAAGAAGAGGAGUAAGCAGAACGUGACUGGAACAAUGUCUGGAUCUGGCACUAUCUCGGGAACCACGAAACAGUCCAGUGGAACAAACAAUUUCAAUUCUGGAACACCGACUGGAACACCGACUGGAACACCGACUGGAGCACCGACCACUACAGGAGGAGAAAGAUAUUAG